AUGGCCCUCUCCGCCAACCCGCGCGACCUCGUCAACCUGCGCAAGCAGCUGGCAUUCUACGGCGCCUACCACACCAAUCCCGUCAACGUCGGCAUCCACAUCGUCGGCGUGCCCACGAUCAUCUUUGGCGCGCAGGUCAUGCUGGCGUCGCGCGGGCCGCUCGAGGUGCCCGCCUGGCUGGCGCCCGUGCUGGACAGCCUCCAGGCUCACGCUCCCGCGGCGCUGGCCAAGUACGCCCACUUCGACGCCGCAGCCGUCUUUGCGAGCGCGUACUGGGUGUACUACUUCCUGCUCGACAGUGUCGCGGCGACGGCCCUGCUGCCGCUCUGGGCCGGCCUGUACUUUGGCGCACAGUACCUGCUGGCCGAGCACGCCCACGUGGCUCUCAAGUACGGUCUCUACGCCUUUGCCGCCGGCUGGAUCAGCCAGUUCUACGGACACGGCGUGCACGAGGGCCGCGCGCCGGCGCUGCUCGACAACCUGCUCGGCGCCGUCGUCCUAGCGCCCUUCUUCGUCUGGUUGGAGGUCAUCUUCCACCUCGGCUACCGCCCCGAGCUGCAGAAGCACCUCAAGAAUGACGUUGGCAAGCUCGUGCAUGAGUUCCGCAAGGAGAAGGCCAGCAAGCAGCGCAGCGUGAAGGCGCAGUGA